AUGCGCAAGGCGCUCAAGGACGUUGGGCUCUCCAGCGGCGCAAAGCAGGGUUCCGCCACCGCGGGCGGCAGACCCAGCGACCUGAGCAGGGCAACCCUCUCGGUCGCCGGGCGUCACUGGCUCGUGGAGGAGAUGUUCGCCGAGGGAGGCAUGGCGAGGGUGUACAAGGCGAGGGAGCUCAGCACGAGUACGCGGGUGGCGAUGAAGCAAAUGCUGGUUCCUGCGGACAGACAGGACGCUCAGAGCGAGGCCGAGCGCGAGGCUGACCUCCACGCUCGCCUCUCGGACCAUCCAAACGUCGUCACCCUGUUCUCCAGGGAUGUCUCGAGGGCCGAAGCGCACCGAUCGGACGGGGGCUUCGUGCAGACCCUGCUCGUGAUGGAGCUGUGCGAGCGGUCGCUGGCGCAGCACAUCAACGCACACGUCGAAGCGAAGACGCGAAUGACGGAAGAGGAGGUGCUCAAGGCCUUCGCCGCGUGUUCGAGCGCGGUGGGUUACAUGCACUCGCAAACGCCGCCGCUCAUUCACCGCGACGUGAAACCCGAGAAUCUGCUGCUCGCGCCGGAUGGGAUCUGGAAGCUCUGCGACUUUGGCAGCGUCGCGGUGGGCGAAUUGGUGAUGAACACACCGAUGGAAAGGGCGAGGGCGGAGACGGAUGUCGGAAAGAACACCACGCCGACGUAUAGGGCGCCCGAGAUGUGGGACGUGUUCCGGUGGGGCGCGAUUGGUAAGCCCGCGGAUGUCUGGGCCUUGGGGUGCCUCCUGUACCAGCUCUGUUUUCAGAGGCUGCCGUUCGGAGCCGAGGCGAAGAUGCCGGCACUGAACGGGUCGUACUCGCUGCCGAGCGGGCACGGGAGGAGCGCGGGGGUGGUUCGGCUCAUCUCAGAACUGCUGAGGGUUGAACCGAACGAAAGGCCG